CCUCAGCUAUUUAAACGUAUCCUUCACCUUCGCGCAUCAUUAGGGUUUCGUAGCCGUCGAGUUGAGGUGUCUUCGAAGUCGCUCUCUUCGUCGGCGGAAAUGGUGAAGGAGCGAAGCAACGAUCGCGUUAGGCUAUAUGUCCACGGGAGGAUCCUCGGAUACAAGAGGUCGAAGUCAAACCAAUAUGAGAACACAUCGCUGGUGCAGAUCGAGGGGGUGAACACCAAAGAGGAGGUGGAUUGGUACUUGGGAAAGAGGUUGGCUUACAUCUACAAGGCUAAGACGAAGAAGAGUGGAACGAAUUUCCGGUGCAUUUGGGGCAAGGUUACGCGCCCCCAUGGUAACAGUGGCGUUGUCCGUGCGAAAUUUAAGACCAAUCUUCCUCCUAAGUCCAUGGGUCAAAAGAUCAGGGUUUUCAUGUAUCCCAGCAACAUCUGAGGUAAACUUGGGAUUGGUGGUGAUAACUGAGCUGCAGUUUGUCCUUAUAAUGGAGAUAUAUUGUGGCACUGGAGCUACAAUUUAGUCCCUAAUUAUUAAAAAUAGCUUGGUGUUGCUAGUUACUUGAGUUUUUGUCUUCGGUUAAGAUUCUCUUCUAGCAUGACAUUCUUAAUGUGACUACUUGAAUUUUCAAGGAUUCUGUUAUUUCCAGAAUUCAAUCUGGCAAGCGACUAUGAAUUUGAAAUGGUAUGUUUUAUGUUUUUCUUGGAUGGUA